CUGGAUCCUGCCUUGUAAAGAAGGGAGGAGAGAAAGAAGAGGGAAGGGAGGGGGGGGGUGCCUCGCAGGGGGAGGGGGCUGGGGAGGCGGGGUCCAGGAGCUGAGCUCGCGGCCCCAGCGCGCCAGUCCCGGGGCUGCAGGGAGCGCAGCGCGCGCCGCCCGGGCCCCGGCCACCGGACGCCCUACCGGACACGACCCUCCCUGGAGCUUGGACAACUGCCCACCUCGGACACUGCACCGGACACUGCCCCCCACGGGGCUGGACACUACAACGGACACUACUUCCCCGCUCCGGACAUUGCUCUCUGCCAACUCCCCCCCCCCCAUACGCUUGCCCCCAUCCCCCUUCGCGGACCCAGACAGUGAGCCCCUCGCAGGCUCUCGCUAGUCCUCCGAGCACUUCAGCGCUGGACAUUGCCUCCCCCCUGCUCCCCUUUCCCUUGUCCUCCCCCCCCCCCCCAUUUCCCCCGCACUGGUCUGAGCCCCGCGGGUUUCUCCGAUCCCCUGCUGUUUGGCCCGGGGCGGGGGGGGUGCCCGCGCCCCCGUCCCCCGGCUGCGGGUCCGGAUGCCUCUCCCCGGGGGACUGUGGUGGCUCCUCUGCUGCCGUCGAGGCUUCACUCUUCUGCACCGGGACUACGGGGACGGCGAGCUUAGCGGGGACGGGGACGAAGACGAGGACGAGGAGACCUUUGAGCUACGGACCCCGAGUCCAGCGGGCGGCGGGAGGGGUCCCCUGGACGUGACACUAACUCAGCCAGUGAGGAGCGGACAGGUCUCAGACAGGCUGCAGAGCUGGGAAGAAACCUGGAGUCUCAUCCCAGAAAAGGGGUUGCUGGAGGAUGACCCCGACGUGGUUGUGAAAGGUUGGCUGUACCGGGAACCCCGUGGAGGAGGGGCUCGGCCAUGGUUACCCCCUCGCCGAGCCUGGUUUGUGCUCACCCGAGACUCCCUGGACCAGUUUAGCAGCAGCGGGAAGGGAGCAAGGCACCUUGGGAGUCUCGUGCUCACCAGCCUGUGCUCAGUGACUGGACCUGAGCGUAGGCCCAAGGAAACCGGUCUGUGGUCAGUGACUGUGUCUGGCCGGAAACACAGCAUCCGCCUCUGCUCCCCACGCCAGGCAGAGGCAGAGCGCUGGGGGGUGGCACUGCGUGAAGUAAUUGCCUCUAAGGCCCCACUAGAGACCCCUACCCAGCUACUGCUCAGGGACAUACAGGAGAGUUGUGGGGAUCCAGAAGCAGUGGCCCUCAUCUACCUGAGGAACCCUAUUCUGAGGCAUACCAGUGGAGCCUUGUAUGCCCCCCUCCUGCCUCUGCCCUACGAGGUCAGCGCCCCAGGUCCAGGUUACGCAUCCCUGCGGGAGGAGGCUGUGCGGCUGUUCCUGGCACUGCAGGCACUGGAGGGGGCACGACGCCCUGGGCCCCUGAUGCAGGGUGUGCUCCAAACCUGCCGGGACCUGCCUGCACUUCGGGAUGAACUCUUCCUGCAGCUGGCUAAGCAGACCUCAGGCCCUGCAGGUCCUCCUGGGCUCCCUGCUACCCAAGAUCCUGCAACCCUGCGGUACUGGCAGCUUCUCACUUGUAUGAGCUGCACUUUCAGACCUGGAGGAGCCGUAAGAGGCCAUCUCCUGGGACAUUUGGAGAGGACUGAGCAGGCUCUCCCAGACUCAGAGCUGGCGGAAUAUGCGCGCUUCAUCCGGAAAGCGCUGAGCCGGACCAGGGGCCGAGAGCUGGUGCCAUCGCUGGCAGAGAUUUCCGCACUGAGCCGACGGCAGGAACUGUUGUGCACGGUGCACUGUCCCGGGGCUGGCGCCUGCCCCGUGACCAUCAAUUCUCACACCACAGUCGGGGAGGUGGCUCAAGAACUAGUGGGGCGGCUGGGUUUGGCCCGGAGUCGAAAUGCAUUCGCGUUGUAUGAGCAGCGAGGAGCCCAGGAACGAGCCCUGGCUGGGGGAACCCUCGUGGCCGACGUUCUCACCAGGUUUGAGAAUUCGGCCUCCGAGGAGAUCGGAGUGGAAGACUCCCCCGACUCGGGGUGGAGACUGUGCCUACGUCUCCACGGACCUCUGCACCCCGAAGGGCUGUCCCCAGAUAGCCAUGAAUUGCCUUUCCUCUUUGAGCAGGCCCACGCUCUGCUGCUGCGCGGCCGGCCACCCCCGCCCGACGACACGCUGAGCGCCCUGGCGGCGCUGCGCCUGCAGAGCUUGCACCGGGACUUCUCCCCGCGGGCGCCCCUGCCGCGACUGGACCGCCUGCUGCCGCCCCCCGCCCCGCCGCGCGAGGACCCGCCCCGCCCAGCCCCCAGGCCGCCACCCUCCGCCGCCCUGCUGGCCGGGGCCCUGUGGAGCCCCGGUCAGGCUAAGAGGCGGGCCGAGCGGGCCCGGCGCUCUGGGGCCAACCGAACGGCGGCGGGAAGCGCGGGCCGAGAGGGAGGCGGCGGUGCCGGCACGGCAGCUGCGGUGCUGGGCAGCUGGAAACGGCUACGGGGCAUGGGCCGAGCUGAGGCCAUGGCUGCCUACUUGGCUCUGGCGGCGCAGUGUCCGGGUUUUGGCGCUGCUCGGUAUGACGUUCUGGAGCUGAGCACGGAGCCUGGUGGAGGUACUCCACAGAAGCUAUGCCUGGGCCUGGGAGCCAAGACCAUGUCCCUCUCCCGGCCUGGUGAGACAGAGCCCAUCCACAGCGUCAGUUAUGGCCAUGUGGCCGCCUGCCAGCUAACAGGCCCCCACACUCUGGCAUUGCGGGUGGGUGAGAGCCAGCUCCUCCUGCAGAGUCCCCAGGUGGAAGAAAUCAUGCAUCUGGUGAAUGCCUAUUUGGCCAACCCUUACCCAGAGAAGCCCUGCAGCAUCUCUGCUCCUCCAUGCCAAGACCUGCCAGACACCUCCCCUCCCAGUCAGCACCAAGGCCUGGACAAGUCCCAGGGACAGUCUGGCUGCUUGGGGCAGCUGCAGGACUGAGCUUGCCAAAAAGGUCACGACUUCUCCUGCCUGCAGCCUGGGCCAGGACUGCUCUCAGACUUGAGGAAACCAUGGACCCUUUCGGCCCUGCAGGGACAGGGCACGCCUACACCCAAGAGCUGCAAUGGGUGUGGGCAAUUUUCUAGUUUGUUUCUUAAUUUAUUUGUAGAAGAGAAAAGCAAAAAAAUCCUUAUUUACACAAA